ACGCAAUAGGUCUCAGCUCCAACUACGGGCAAUAUUAGAAUACUCCAUAUCUCCCUAAAUAUAUUCUUUAUUGAUGCACAUAUAGUACUAUGGCUAACAAGACGCAUCCCCUCUGUCAAGUCCUUGCUGCAAAGAUGAAAAAUUUCCUCAUCUAGUCCUUACGCAAGUCGCCCCGGCUGAUCGAAGACCCUAUGUGCGGGGUUAUCCCAGGCCGUGAAUCGGCACCCCCGAAACCCCUCAACACCAGCGCCGUAACGAUCGCACGGUUGCCGCUCAGGUCUCGGCGCAUGAAUCGCGUUUCUGGCAGAAUGGUCGACGAAGCCAAGCUGCUGAUGUGAAGCGACGGACGUCGCUGGAGACAUGAUCGGGCAAUGCCUCGCCGUGUCACCUCGCCCCCUCUGCCACUCCUCGUAGGGUGGCUGAGGCUCGUCCAGCCUAUGCGCCGGGUUGUCCCACGCUGUCGGGCGUCUCCCCCGAACUCCCUCACCGCCAGAGCCGUAACGAUCGGACGCUAACAAAUCAGAAUUCACCCACUGCUGUGUAACCCUAAUCGACGGAUCGGCGAACCCUACAUGUGGUUAGAGACAUAUGCAAUUAAUCUCUUCUUGGGAUGGCUUUUAAAAGCGUCCCUAAAUGCAGUUUAGAGACACUAUUAAAAAAUGUUCCUACAUGAGUUUAUGUUUUCGGAUUAACUAAGUAAUUAACGUUAGCGAAACAUUGAUGUUUUCAAGAGAGGAAUAUUGGAGGCUGCAACGCCAAUCAUCGAAGAAGAAAUCGCCACAAAAUUAGAGAUUUCAACUAAUAGCUUCUGCAUUGCCGAUUUCGGGUGCUCAACCGGAAACAACUCUUUUCCGGCCAUGCACACGAUCAUCGAAGCUGUCAAACAAAAAUACGAAUCCUCUGACCUCAAAACCCCAGAAUUCGUCGUGUGCUUCAGCGACUUAGUCUCCAACGACUUCAACACCCUCUUCCGUUCCCUCCCACCCGACAGGCGCUACAAGGCAGCCGCGGUAGCCGGAGACUUCCACGGCCGCCUUCUCCUGCCGUCGUCUGUCCACUUCACGUACUGUUCUUGGUCGCUCCAUUGGCUGACGGAGGUGCCCAAGGCGGCCGAGGGCCUCAUGUCUGUUUGGCAUGGUGGAGAUGAGAGAAAGGAGGUUUAUGAUGCUUAUUUGGAGCAAUUUGAAAGGGAUAUGGAAUCAUUCUUGAAGUGUAGGGCUGUGGAAAUGGUGGAAGGUGGAGUUAUGGCUCUUUUAAUUCCUUCACUGCCUGCUUAUUGGGACCCACAAAAGGAGUAUACCGUUGGGUCGUUGGCCGACCUUCUCAGAUCUUCCCUCCUCGACAUGGCCAAAAAGGGAAAAUUGAGUAAGGAAAAGUCAGAGACAUUCAACGUUCCAUAUCACGUUCCCACUCCAGGGGAAGUAAGGGCCAUAUUGCAAAAGAGCAAUAGUUUCAGCUUAGAAAGAAUGGACAGUUUGAAGAGUGGGACAUUGCUCAAUGUUGAUGGCCACGUGGCAUUUUUCAGGGCCGCUCAUCAAAAUUUACUUACAUACGAAUUUGGAGCUGAAACCAUCGAUGAAACGUUUGACCUUUUCAAGAAGAAACUCCAAGCUUCGCCAGUUUACGCAGAUCCUUCUAAUGAUAGAUCUCUUGUGGUUGUUGCUAUCCUCAAGCGCAAUAAUGUUUAUUCCCUCCCACCCGACAGGAGCUACAAGGUAGCAGUAGUAGCCGGAGACUUCCACGGCCGCCUGCUCCUGCCGUCGUCUAUCCACUUAGCGUACUCUUCUUGGGCGCUCCACUGGCUAACGGAAGUGCCCAAGGCGGCGGAGGGCCUCAAGUCUGUCUGGCAUGGUGGAGAGGGAGGAGAGGAGGUUUAUGAUGCUUAUUUGAGUCAGUUUGAGAGGGAUAUGGAAUCAUUCUUCAAGUGUAGGGCUGUGGAAAUGGUGGAAGGGGAAAUUAAGGCAAAGACAGACACAUUUAACAUUCCAUACCAUUUUCCCACCCCUGAGGAACUGAGGAUCAUAUUACAAAAGAGCAAUUGUUUCAGCAUAGAAAGAAUGGAGAUUUUGAAGAGUGGGACGUUGCUCAAUGUAGAUGGCCACGUGGCAAUUUUUAGGGCAGGUUUACAGAAUUUGCUUACGUAUGAAUUGGAGCUGAAACCAUCGAUGAAACAUUCGACCUUGACAAGCUUCAUCACUUUCGACGGAUCCUUCUAA